AACUUUAUAAUCUUUACACCAUUUGUCUUUUGAAGACGGAACGCGCGUCUGGCGUACAAAAUUAUAAGUCUGGUAUAUAUAAAGAGUUUUUUUUACAUGUUCUCGUCCUGAUAUGCAUUUUAAAAAAUCAGACAUUCAUCAGAUACAAAAAAGUAUUUUAUUAAGAAUGUGAGCCAUUCCUUUUACCUCUGAAUGCAUGAUUUUUGUUGUUUUUUUUUUUCAUUAUUUAAGGGGCGUUGAAAAAUGACUGGUUAUCAAAUAAUGAGAUUGAAAAUCAUCUGUAUAGUAUUUACCAAAAUCUAUUGCUUUGAUAACGUCAUCAAACCAAGUUGUCAGCCUGAUGAAGAAAUUUGUGAGUUUCAUUGGACAGUUGCAUACUUCCAAACAAUGACAAUAAUCCCACCAAACGGAAAAGGCUCAAGAGCGCCAGUAGAAAAUGUCAAUGGCACACUUUAUGUUAGGACUAACUGUGGAUCACUGGAAAAUGUUCGAGAAGUUACUGAUGAUGACUAUUUCGUAUCCGGCGAUGGACACCUAAAGUUUAUGUUUGCAAUUAACGACCAAGUUCCAGGACCUUCAAUUGUCGUAUACGAAGGUCAACAGAUUGUAGUGCAUGUUCACAAUAAAUUACUGAUGGAAGGAGUGUCUAUUCAUUGGCAUGGUCUGCUUCAGAAAGGUUCCCCUUUCAUGGAUGGUGUGGCUAGAGUUACACAGUGCCCUAUCAAUCCAGGAGAAACUUUCACUUACAGAUUUAAAGCUCUUCCUUAUGGGACAUUCUGGUACCAUUCACAUCUUGGGGCACAGAGAUCAGAUGGAAUAGCUGGUGCCUUAAUAAUUUUAAAAAGACCACAGUUACCAACUGACACUGUGCAACUGAAUGAAAAAGAGUUUGUUUUUCUCGUACAAGACUGGUUCCAAAGAGGUUUUACACAUGAAGUAAAGCUGUCUAACUGGCAUUUAAACAAGUACAUACAUACCGCCAAUGGUGAAUUGUGUGCUGGUAUAAAAAAGACAUAUGACGGUUCAGUUAUUGGACAGAAGGGUAUACAGACUCCGUUGAUUAAUGCAAAAGGGAGAUUCCACGAACCUGCAACAAAUGGUAAUGCUAACUAUCUACCCUUGGAGACGUUUGUUGUUACAAGUAGACAUAAAUACCUGUUUAGAAUGAUUGGUAUACAGUCAAUAAGUACUUAUCGUAUUUCUAUUGAUAAUCACAAGAUGAAGGUCCUUGCUGUUGAUGGAGCUGAUAUUGAACCUGAGGAGACAGACUUUGUAAUAAUACAUUCUGGUGAAAGAUAUGAUGUCGAAGUCCUAAGCAAUGCAUCAGUUGGGAACUACUGGAUUAGACUUGAAGAUUUGGCACGUCAGGAUAUUGCAGGGAAUCCCAUACCAAUGGUAGUAGGAUAUGGAAUACUAAGAUACGAUGGCGCACCAAAGGAAGAUCCUGUUAGCUCAGGGAAAGUUUGCACAAAAAGAAAGCCAUGCCGAGUUGUAAACUGUAUAUUCGGAACCUUUCCUGCAGAUGAUUAUACAUCUUGUAUUCCUGUUUCCAAACUUAAAUCAAAAGAACAUGAACUAGAAACCAAUCCAGUACCAGUCAUGUCUAGUGCAAACGAUAUGCAGGAAUUCUUUCUUAGUUUUCAUUACUCGUUACCAGAGGACAACCCAAGCAUGGUAGUAUCUACGAUCAACAACUUUCGGAUGAUUUUACCAACAUCUCCACCAAUGUUGCACGAGGCUGAUUUUGUACCAGAGACUGCUUGUCCAAAAGAAAUCACCACAUUUGCAUCCCAAUGUAAUCACAUAUUGGAGUUAAAAUUAGGAAAUGUAAUACAGUUUGUUUUAGUAAAUGUUGAAACAAAAGGUUUUGGCAGACCACAUCCAAUUCAUAUCCAUGGACAUCGAUUCCAUGUAAUGAAAAUCGGAUUUCCGAAAUAUGAUCCCAUAACUGGUAACAUGACGGAAAUGAACCAGGAUAUAAUUUGUGAAUCUAAAAAUUGUGACAGAGCUCAAUGGGCGGAUCCAUCAUGGGCUAAUGGGAAUGUUCCAGGUAUGAACACCAAAAAUCCUGCUAUCAAAGAUACAUUGGUUUUGCCAUGGGGAUCAUAUGCUGUAGUCCGCAUUCUUGCUGAUAAUCCAGGUUAUUGGUACAUGCACUGUCACAUAGAGCUACAUAACAUAGAUGGGAUGGCUUUGAUUUUGCAAGAAGGUGAAAGAUCUGACAUGCCCAAACCAGCUGAUGACAUGCAUUUUUGUGGCGACUCGAACAACAAUCAAACUAUCAAGCCUCAAAUAAUGGUAUCUGCAGUAAAAACAUUAUUAGGAGAUGCCGCAGAAAAAGGACUUUCAACAGAAUCAAAGGUGUCUGCGUCCUCAGUUGUCGGAACCAUUGUGGUCUCUGUAGUUAUUACUCUGUCACUUGUGUUCAAUGUAAUUAGCAUGAUUAUAUUACUCAGAAGAAAAUUAUAUACAUACCACUCCUAUAUACCGGAGGUGAAGUUAGAACAGUACCAGAAUGAAGAAACUAUUAAACUGUUAAAAUGAUACUAAUACAACUAGCACUAUAGAUUGGAUUAGGACUAAUACGUUGCUCAGCAAUACAGAUACCAGAUUUCUAGUUGUAGUUGAGGAUCUUUUACAUUUAAUACAGCGAACUGAAACUUU